AUGGCUUUUAAGAGUCAUGUUGUUGCUCCAACGCGCUGUUUUGACCAUUUAUACGAUCCGAUCUACACGAUUUCCUGUCCGCGUGACAUUUGGAAGAAGAAUUUCGAAGCGCUACGGAAGUCAGCUCCGGUUCAAUGUUAUCCCGUGUAUCAAAAUAUGUUCUCGGAGCUCUCGUAUGACACCCGAAACCAAUUUCACCUCAUCCAAAAUGACUUACCGGUCGAUCCGGAACCCGAAUUGUACAUGGCUGAGGCGCGAAAUCAAAUGAAUUGUGUAAAUUUCGACGGAAGAGAUCGUCCAAAGUACUUUUCGCAUCCAUUGACGAACUUUCAGACGUUAAAUGUGCAGUUAGCGGAAGUGCCAAAGGAAAUGUUUCCCAUUACGACGAAGAAAUCUCGUUCGCAGGGGUGUCAAACGAUGUUUCGCGAGUCAUCGGCGCAAACUUUGCCUUGGUUACCGGAUGCCUAUGUACGAGAUGGUAGCGAAGGACUCCCAGAAAUCGUGCAAUAUGCCCAAAUGGUCGAAGGUUUUGACUAUCCGGGACUCAAAGAAAUCGAAAUUAUCGAAAGAACUCGUUUUAAACGUGAUUGGGAGCAACAAUUACCGCCAACACGAACGCCGGAAGAGCGAAAAGUCGUUUUGGAAGCCUUUGAAUGGGAUCAAUGGACACAGCGAGAGCAGGAAAUCGAUCGUUGUCAACAGCUGCGGUACCAGAUGGUGCUCCAAAUGCUUCAUGAGCGCGAAGAAAACAAUCGACAAGUGGCAGAUGCGAAAUUAGCAAACAGCAUGAAGCGUUUGACGAAGGCACGAGAUGAAAAAUUGGAAAAAUUACGACUAAAAUACCAGCGAAACUUGAGAAAAUUGGAUAAAAAACACAAAGCGAGCAUGCGGGCAAGACCCCGGAAGGAAAGUGACUUUGCGGAUUACAUUGAGACAAUAACGGUACCUUUGCCGCCCAAGAGACGCACAAGCAACGCAUUUACGAAGCAAUUUGAAACGACUUAUCUCUCCGAACCGGGACCUGAAUUGAAAACUACGAGCAUCCAAAAGUAUUUGAAACCGAAAACGCCGCUGUGGAAACCGAAAGAAGAGAUAAAAGAGACCCAAAAAGGACUUUGGACUGAUAAAUUUUUGGGACAACUUUACGAUUCGCUGAAGUCAUUCCGGCAACAAAACGAAGCAAAACAUCCGCUUCCAAAAUGCAUGGUUUAUGUCUCCUCGCCCACAGAUAGCGACGAAACGUCUCCCCUUGACGCUCAGGAGCCGGAACAUGACGAAGCUGAAUACCAAAAUGCACUUUUGGUACAACGUUACAUCAAAGGACGCGCCAUUCAGAACUUAAUUCAUCGCGGAAAGGAACAAUGUCGCGAAUUGAUCGACGAAUUGCAGUCCGGAAAGAUGUUGGAUUCGGUUCGAGCUCUUUUUCCUGAAAUUGAGACCGAAAAAUCGUCAGUUACGGUUGAAGGAGAUGACGUUGUCGGGGAAAAAGUUCGUGCUGAAGUCAGUGGUGAUGUUGGUUUCAUGCUGAAAUUCCUUUCGAGCGAACUGGAACGGCUGCAGGAAGAAAGAAAAGCUCAUGCGAUGGUUUUGCUGGCAGAACGUGAGCGCGACAGACGUGAACAAUGGAAUAAAACCAAGUCCGAAGUGGAUGCGGAGAAGAAAAAACACAGCGAGGAAAUUUAUCGGAACAUUUUCAAAGCGGAACAUGACGUUGUCGCGACAUAUUUGGAAAAUGUCUUGAUGGAAGGCAUCACCGAGAUGACGGAGGAAGAGGCGCGUCAAUAUAUCCGCGAAAAAGCGAAGAAAAUUGACGAAGCGGCGAUGACAAGUCGUGAUGUCCCCAUCAAACGAACUAAAGAACAAGACCUUCGAAUGACCUUGAAAACGCAAAUUUUCCCGGAAAUCAUGUCAAAAGUCCCCGAACCGAACAUCAACAUGAUCAGCGACAUUUUAGACGAUUUCCUGUCUCACACGGACUUGAUUCAACGCCUUGCUGAAACGCAAACCGAUGAUUUGCAGUCCUCCGCUACUUUCAUCCAAGAGUGCAUUGUCCCGGAACUCAUUGAAAAAGCCGCCGAUCACAACAUGUGGAACGAAACGCAAACCAAAAACAUGAAAAUUGCUUCGGAUCUCAUCCAAGAGUUCAUAGCGCCCGAAAUUUUGAAGAUUAUGACGCGCGAUCGACAAAAACGCGAACGCCAGGUACAUUUGUUGGCAGCGCAUGACGCGAUUUGGAAGAGUAUCGAAGAAAUUCCGCAGGAAAAAGUUGAAAGUGUUGAUCAAAUUUUGGAAAAAGAUGGAAAUUCAGCAACUUUAUCGCAAGUUUCUUCGUUGGAAUCGAAUGCGGAUGUCGCGCAGUAUGAAUCGAUGCAUGUAAUUAACGAUUGUAUCAGCAAAACGUUGAUGCACGUGAUGAAAUGCUCGGGAAGUCAAUCGCAAGAGGGAUCGGAGCAGGAUAGUGAAACGUCGUCUGCUAAGCUGAACUUCCAGAAGGAACUGCUGAAUAGAAUUGUGAAUAAUUUGAACGAAAAAUUGAAGAAACAGUUGGAAGAGGAGGAUUUGAAGAGACGUAGAUCGUCGUCGAGGGCUUCAAUUGACAUUUAUUUGCAACGCGGUGAUGACGAAGGAACUGACGAGGAAGCGGAAACGUAG